AUGGCUGACCUUGGGACGGAGCGAUCCGGAGCAAUCCGGCGGGGGCUGGCCUUGCGCGGCGGCGGGGAAUCAUGCAAGCUGCUUUCCUUGGAUUUUGCAGUUUGCUUAAUCAUGGUCAAGCACAAAGGUACGUCUCAGCCAUCUGGUCAAGCAUGUCAAAAAAAUGUAAAAGAUUUUGAAAAGGACAUAAAGGGAUACACCUCAGAGGCUGUGUUCCAUCAGACUGGGGCAUUAGGGAAACAGAAGGAAAAUGGAGAUGAGUGUGUAUCUGCUUCUAUAAAUGGAAAACAGAGUUCCUCUCUUCUCCCCAAAGAUGAGAAACAACCUCCACCUGACAGCAAAAUACACGAGAGGAUGGAGAAUGAUGGUCCUCCUCCAGCCGUCUCUCACCCACUAGAGGAAGUCUUACCAGUGGCCAUGUUUAAUGACUGUGAGAAAUCGUUAUCGGGGAAAAUUACAACACAGGAUUUCCCAAACACAGUCGAAGCCUUAAAGCCAACAAAAGGCAAAUUUAUUACAGAAGGCAAAUGUGGGGCUUUCAACAUACAAGUGGAAACCACAAAAAGCAUUUUCUGUAAAACAGGAGCACAGUUUCCCAUGAAAAAACGAUGUCCAACAUGUCACCAGCUUUAUUCUAUCCAGCAAGUACAGAGAGGAUAUGCAUCUCGGGGCCACUUCCCUAAAUACAGUACUAUAUUAGCAGAAGAGUUCAAACACAAGGUCACAUCUGCAUGCAAAGGAGAGGUUUCUAGAGGUGAGAUCCCUUCAAUAAACAUAAGCAUUACAGGAAAAGAAAUCGUGGUUGAGUAUGCAAGUAAAAAACAGAACAUAUUCAUCAAUGUAUCUCAUCCUAAAAGCACAGGAAAAUCGACAAAACAUAGGAAAAGUUUCUUGAGUCACAACGGGAAAGAACCUUGUCAGUCUCCUUCACAGCCUGCCAUAAAUCACCCCGAAAACUGGAGGCUUGAAAACCAAAACCAGAGUUCAGAUGGUUUGCAUGAUGCUUCCCGUCAUGUGAAUACUGCCCAGAAAGAGAAUUCAGACAAAAUUAUGCUUUCUGUAAGUUCACCUCUCUGGAGAGAGAAAAAGAAACCCAACACACUGCCUUCUGACCCAGAUGAUACUGAAGAGAGAGAUUCUGCCAUGUCUCAGCAGGUCUUUCAAAUUAUUCAAGACAAACCCUCAAAGCAACAUUUCUUCUUGGCUGACACUUGUCUUCCUACCCCAUCUGAAACUUUAAGGACCACAAGCUUAAAUAAUAUGGAUUUAAGUAAAAUGUCUUUUGAGGAUUCUGUGGAUGUGGAUAAAGAGAGAAAAAACAAGUCUGAUGUCAAGGAAAAUGUACCUUCAGAUUCCCAAGGACAGCCGUGCACAACAGGAAUAAAUGGUCCCCUAAGUAGCAUGGAUGGUGUAAUUCCCAUUCAGGAAGCCUCAGACUCUGAGGUCUGUCCUUUGUCUUCUCUAACCAUGCAGCUCUUGGGAGAAAAAGCAGCCAGCAUAAGCUGCAGAGCUGACAGAACUCUACCAGCCGAAGGUGGUGAUAACUCAAGUUCUCUAUCUUUCCCUGUCAGUGAACAAGUUCUGAAGCCUUCUCCUUUACUCAGCCCAUCUCACUGGGUCACAAGACAUUCAGAACUUGUACAGACUCCUGAGAACACGUUUUUCUUUAGCCAAGAUAAUGGGGUUGAGACAGAGCAGGAGAAAGUACACGGCAAUGUGACUUACAGAGACAUUAACGAGGCUGUGUUACAUAGUGACUCUUCUGCAAACACACAGCUAUUGGAAAGGAAAAGCACACAAAAUCCAACUGUCAGGUUUGCACCCUGCAGCAGCCUAGGUUCAAGUAGCCCACUUCAUGGCAUUAUACCUACAUCUGUGGAAUGGGAUCAAGAGGACCAUGCAAAUCAUGUAGAGACGACAGCCCUCAGUGGAACAGACUUUCCAGUCUUGGCCUCCGUAACUGAUGAGUUAGAGCAGAGAGUCACUACUCAAAAUUGCCAAGAAGGCACAGUUGAGUCUAACUUCCCUGUGGCAAUAAGAAACCCUAGAGAGUCAUCAGGCUUUCUGGAAAAUGUUGAAGAUGACAAAUGGCAGGCACAACCAGUGGUAAAGAGUGUAUGCCACAGAGAUUUUGAGGACCUACCUAGUGAGAAUCAGAAUGAAGUCUGUUCUCGAAUGGAUUUUCCACCAAACUCCUCUGGGUCUGCCUGGACAGGGCAGUCUAUGGAAGAGCUGUUUCGUAUUGACAAGACACUAACCAGUGACAGAGAUCCAAAUAAUAAUGAAGGUGACAAAAGUCUUGAACUGAACAACUUCCAACAGGAGCCAGCAGAGUGCCAGAGAACUGCAUUAAGAGGACAGCCUGGAGAAAGCGAGGAUAAAGGCAGCCCCACAGAAACUUCCUAUCACCCCGUGGACAUAUUGCUAUCACCACAGAAGCAGAAGGCUCAAAAAGACAAGAAUUUGGAAAAGAGUAACUCUAGAAAGCUAUCUCAGGACUUGACUCUAAGAGGUGAAAGAGCCAGUGAUGGUUCUCAGGAAGAAGCAAUAGACCAGUGGGCCAAAAGAAGGCAACAGUUCAAGGAUGGGAAGAGAUGCAGCUCAGUCGGGGGCAGUUCUGUCAUCAGCAACUUCACUGAAGGCUCUGUUACUUCAGAUGAUGCUCAUUCUGUGGAUUUUGGCUUUCGAGUUGAUAUUGAAGAAAAAGGAUUCUACACAGAGAAUUUUCAUUCGACAGCAUGGGUUUUCCGAGGUGAUGAUGGGGAUCCUGAAGACAGCCCCAGGUGUCUUAGUAAAAAGCCAAGACCAGUAGCUGUUCGAGAGAGAACUGUGAGACUAUUCAAAGGAACUGGAGACUACCCCUGGGGAUUCCGGAUUCAGUUCUCCAAACCAAUCGUCGUAACUGAAGUGGAUACCAACAGUGCUGCCGAGGAAGCAGGACUCCAGAUUGGAGACGUGGUUCUGUCUGUCAACGGCACUGAGGUCACCAGUGCUGAGCAUGCCGAAGCUGUGCACCUGGCAAAGAAAGGUCCAGACAUCUUGACUCUGGUGGUGGGAUCCGACAUCAGCCGCUGUCCCAACACGCCAUGGCCCACCUGCCGUGGCUACCUGCAUAAGAGGACCCACUCAGGCUUUGUGAAGGGCUGGAGGAAGAGGUGGUUUGUGUUGAAGCAUGACGGCUAUCUCCUCUAUUACAAACACAGAAAGGAUGAAGAGAAGUGGCCACCUCUAGACAUAAUAAAAUUGGAAGGAGCAGACAUUGGCAUUGAGAACAGCUUGGGAAAACCAUUCGUGUUUAACUGUAUGCCUCGGUCUGGAAGCAGAAUGUUUUGCCUCUGUGCAACUUCAAAUCAAGAGAUGAAAAGGUGGCUUGAGGCAAUGCACAAAGCAGCCCAUCCUAUACGCCAGAUCCACGUCUGGGAAGACGUUACACUGCACAACAGCAGGCUCCCACCCCUCGCUAUCAAAUGCCCUGAAUGUCUGGGCCUUCUACAUCAGCUGGAGAGACACUCCGGGGUGUGGCUCCAACACUACUGCAUUCUGAAGGAUGGCUGCUUGUAUUUCUAUGCGAGUAUUCGCUCAACUCAGGCAUCAGGUGGCCUAUAUCUCCAAGGGUACAGGGUGAUGGAACAGACCCACGGCUUUGAAGAAUCGGUAAUUGAACUCAAACCCCCAUCAGAAGAGUUCAAGACUUUCUAUUUCUGUGCAGAAAACAAAACAGAAAACCAGCGCUGGAUUUCAGCUUUGAAGACAUCUAUCAAAAAAUGGCUUCCCUUGGACCAGGCUAUUCAAGAGUUCAUGAGUCGACCUCUAGAGGAGACCAAAAUGUGAAAGAAACUCUGGAUAAAAACACACAUUCCACAAGGGUGUCCUCAACUUGAGGAGAGAAAGAAAGCUUUUCUGAAAUAGUUUUUCAAAUGAAUCUACUCCUCGUGUGUUCUAAGUUGUAGUAACUGAUAUCAGUGUUCAAGUAUUGCACUUUCUUCCCAGUCUCCUCUCCAGACUGCUUACAUUUCCAUCAGAGUACCUUAGUUCCCCACCUCAAGCUUUUGAAAGCAUAAAUAAACAUA